UUGGCACUCCCGGACGGACUUCCUCGAGCGGGAGGACUUUGCUGUGAUCCAACCAGCAUUCAGCAUCGCGUAACCGCAAGCAGACCCACAAUGCCUCCAACCUCAGUCCACAUCGAACUCUUCGAACCCGUCAUCUUUCUGCGAGGACAGUCUGCCGUUGGAGAGGAUGCUCGGGGAAGACGACGUGCAGUGGACUUCGAUGCCCCACCCUCUCAGCUGCGGGGUCUCUUGACACUUCACCUCGCCAAGUCAAGUCGCAUCAAGGACAUUUCUGUUGAGCUGAGAGGAGUCGGGCGCACGGACUGGCCAGAGGGCAUCGGACAUAACAGGCUGGAGCUCGGCGAAGAAUCUUGCUUGAUCAAGCAAGGCGUCUCUUUGUUCGAUGCACGCCUCGACCCUACACCCCGGAGACGAGCUAAUAGCAUUGGCCCUGGCAUCGCGUGCGAUUCUUCCGAGGGCUGGUCUCUGGGCGCGUACCACGACCCAGACCGAGCGUCUUCCAGUAAUCCAACGACACCUCGAGCGCGGGGAGAGGGUAGCAACAAGAAUCACAACUCGAAUGGCGCGUCUAGCGAGAGCGGACUCGCCAAGGUGGCUCAAGUCGCAGCGAGAGCCGGCACUUCCUUGCUACCGCCCACAGUUGUCAAGGAGCUGCAGCUUACAGCCAAGCCGAAGAAAGCAAACGCACCCAGUCCACAGCGUCCUCACUUUGGAAGGAGCGGCAGUGCAGGAGGGGUGAACCUGCAACGCACCCAAGCUGCACCAUCCCCCAGGCCGGGCAGCGCCAAUGGUCGCUCUCUCGACCCUUCUCCUGGUCCCUCACAACCCUCGACGCAUCGCUCUCUCGACCCUCCGCCCUCGUAUGAGCAACACAUUUCCAGUGCUCCCGCAACGCAGUCGCCCCUAGCUGUUCGCGCCGCCGACGCCUUGGACACGACACAAACUAGGUGCGACCGAGAGGGCGCUGCAGAUACUGGCGCAGCGUCAAGGUCAGGACAGCGCUCUAUACUGCAUCCUGCCGGGAGACAGGAACGUGCAGAGCGUUCAUCAAGUCAUGUAGGCCCUGGAGUCCGAUUUGGACCGGCUCAAGAAGCGCGCCCUCCCGCAGAUUCGCAGAGCGCGAUGGGAGCUCCUUCUGGCUACCUUGCGUCCUCGCCGCUAGGCUCAGUCGGUGCUGCAAAUACGGCAACGAAUUCCACCAAUUCCACGCCCUCCCGUCCAACAUCUCCUUCAACAAGAGUAGCCUCGAGCUCUUCGACACUGUCGUCGGCUCCAAACAGCCGUCGUGCAAGUGUGGAUGGAAUGCACGCCGCUUCCAAAGCGAGCAGCCCCGGCGCUCCCGCUCGGAGCCGCAAAAGUGGCAUCAAGGGACUUUUGGGUGGCCUUUUGAAGGAAGCUGACAAAGACAAGGAGCGUGGCCUGUCCGAAGUUAGAGAUCCUGGGCAUGAUUGGAAUGAGGCGCCUAGCGAGUGGAAGGAGUUCAAAAAAGGCACGUAUACGUACGCCAUCUCGCUACCUCUCCCGGCCGCUUUACCUCCUACCCUUCAUGCCGACUUUGGCUCAAAUGUCUACACGCUGAGAGGUCACGUCACGCGCGCGGGCCCGUUGACGCCCAACCUCAGCGACGAACGCGAGGUGGUUUUGGUGCACGCUCCGGACGAGAACGCAAACGAGGAAAACGAGAGCAUCGUCGUGGAGCGCACUUGGGAAGACACGCUUGGAUAUGCUGCAGUAGUGUCCGGUCGAAGCUUUCCAGUAGGAGCCAAGAUUCCAGUCUGGUUCCGAUUGGUAGCGCUCGACAAGGUCCGCAUACAUCGAAUCGUCGCGACGCUAGAAGAAAGGACUGAUUACUACGCCAAGGGAAGGCGUGUGGCUCGGCACGAAGUGCCCCGAAGAUGGACCAUGCUCAAGCUCACCCCUCCUGAAGGCCAUGCGGCUCUGCUUCCGGUGAUAUCUGACGACUCAGAUGCUCUGGACUCGCAUCCGCUUACCCCUUACGCUGAAGCGGCGACGCACACAUGGCCAGAAGCGGAUAGAGAGAUGCGAGCCAGUAGCUCUCUCAAUCUGCUAGACCCACAGGGACCCUGGGAGCUUGCGGCUGAGCUUCAAACGCCUACCUGCCCGCCCGCACGAAUCAACAUGAGCACCAAUCACAAGAAGAGCAACAUUGCUGUGCACCACACCGUCAAGCUCUCCAUACGAGUUGAGAAGCUCAAGAAUUCCACUGCGCUGUCGAAGGGCAAGCCUCAAUUGUUCGAUAUCAACAUCGAGUGCCCGAUCGCGCUGACCCAUAGCCACACUGCACAUGCAUGGCUCAGCUUACCCGACUAUUGGAGCCUGCCUCCUGGUGACACUUCGUUGCUGAGAGGACUCCCUAUCGCUCCUACAGGCUCUGAAACGUCUACACCGUUGCUCGCGUCAUCAGCGCCACGAGACACAUAUGGUGUGGGUGACGGCUACGCCGAUGAGGCAUGCCCGGGGCAACGCGAGCUCAACGGCACACCGAGUCAAGACACCAAGCUCAUGUCAGCUGAAGCCAGAGACCAGUUGAGGCACGCUCGCGAGAGACUGAACAGCAAUGCGCGAGAUGUAGACCUCGCAAGCUCUUCUGCCCGAAGUCCUUCCCAUCAGUCGGGCCUUCAGUGGCUUGCGUUAAGCAGCGAAGCGCCUGUGCUUGCUCGGCCGCUCUCCCCUCCCUUCGGCUCCCCAGCUGCAGCUGAGUCGGGACUCGACGGCCUCUCAUCACAAGCGUCCGACCGCUUGAUUCAUCAAUCGCUGCGUUCAUCGCACCGCAUCGCUUCUGGUCCUGGCGUGUUCCCGGAUGAGCCGCCUGCGUAUCCCGCUUCUUCCUGAUCGUCACAUUUGCCUUGCCGCCCUCGUCUUUCUCAUGUCAUAUCUAUUAUACCUGUUCGCCACAACGCCAAUAGCAUGCACAAUCCCGGUCACACGGCGUGGUGUCGACGCG